CUGUUUCCUUCUCCUGCUCCUUGCGACCUAUUGGAAGGGGAAAAUCCCAUUCUCAACCUUAAGCAAGAAUCGCCGAUGCUAUAUUUCGCUUAUAGCAACUGUUAAGCGUAGCGCUUGCCCACGGUUCGCUUAUAGUAGGCCAUGCCAUUAGUGGUUUUAUGAAACCAUUUUCUAAAGCGGUCGAGGGUUGGGGGUCGGUUUUGGGAACCUUUCUGGCAGUUUUAGGAAGGCUUCAUCGAAUUUUUUCCCUUUCUCUAUUUUCUACCGGCUUCUCAGUUUUCUACUGAAGUUUUUUCUUCAGUUUUUUUUUUCUUUUAACAUGUAUGAACAUGUUGCAAUUUAUGAACAACUUUUGAUUUAUGAACAAAUUCAAAUUUGUGAACAUUUUUUCAGAUUCAUGAUCAGUUCUCUUCAAAUUCAUGAAUGCCAGAACUGAUACUUAUCACUCCCCAAGCGAGAAUAGCGGUCACUUAGCUGAAGUGCAUGAGGAUGGGCUGGGCCAUGUACACGUUUUUCUGUUGUUUUCUAUUCUAUUCCCUCCAUUAACCACACCAAGAAUUAUGGAAUGGAGGGAGUAUCUUAUAUGUGUUCAUUUUUGUCUUUUUAUUUUUCUUCUUCACUUUCUCAUGUCCUUUUUGUUUUCUUUUUUGCAUUUUUAUGUUUUACUAUUUUCUUGUAUGUUUUUAUUUACUUACUUCUUUUUGAAAAUAUGUACAUAUAUCCAUACGUGCAUGAACAAGUUUUUUCAAGUCUAUGAACUUCUUUUAAAAUGCAUGAACUUUUUUAACACGGCGACAAUAACAAUGCAACUGCUAUCUGUGCAUCAACCACCAUGGCGACGAUCUGAUAAGAAAAACACCUUGACAACGAUAGCUGCUUUCCUUAAGAUGAACACGUAUAAUAUUUUGCAAGUUCGGAUUUUCUUCAACUUUUUUUUACUGCAAAGCAGGUUGGCUGGGCGACGACACUGCACUUGGCCUUCCAGAGCCUAGGUGUUGUCUACGGGGACAUGGGAACUUCACCGCUCUAUGUGUUUUCUAGCACCUUUACUGGUGGGAUCAAAGAUACAAACGACCUCCUUGGUGUCACGUCCCUGAUUAUUUACACUCUGGCUCUCCUUCCGUUGAUGAAAUAUUGUUUCAUUGUCUUGAGAGCUAAUGACAAUGGUGAUGGUGAGUAAAUAUCUCCCAUUUAUCUUCUCAACACAACUUGUAUGAUUACACACAAGAUUUUAAGAACUACGAAAGAUUGUGACUUUGUUACAACGAGUGUUCCUAUUAAAAAAAAAUAUUUGGAAGUGAAUUACCAAGAAGAACCAUAGGAGCAAACAUUAAAAAAUAUAUCAAAAUAAACAUAAAUAUUCACACAAUCCCACUGCAUAUUGUUUUUAGACAACAUGUUAUAGAGUACCUAAGAAUCAUUAAAAAUGAUAGGGUUGUGAGCGUUAAGCACUUAAUUCCAUGCAAGAAAAUCCAAAAUACGUGACAAGCAAUUAGAUACUAUAUACACGCAAAAAAAAAAAUUCAUGUGAGAGUAAAACAUGUCUCAUGAAUUCACAACCUUGCAGGUGGAACAUUUGCACUUUAUUCCUUGAUAUCUCGGUAUGCUAGGAUUAGCUUGAUACCCAAUCAACAGGUUGAAGAUGCAACGGUCACCCACUACAAGUUAGAGUCCCCUUUGAAUAGUGUCAAGCGGGCUCAUUGGAUAAAGGAAAAGAUGGAAAACAGCCCAAAACUGAAGAUCAUACUUUUCCUAGUGACUAUUCUAGCAACUUCAAUGGUUAUUGGUGAUGGUGUGCUAACUCCAUGUAUUUCAGGUGAGCUUACUUUCUCCCUCGAGGUCAUCUCGCUUGAGUGCGUAUAAAAUAACAUGCAAGCGAAGGAUAGUUAACACAUGAACUGAUAUGAGAGGGUUCUCAAUCUUCACGAAUUGGGGGCAACUAGCCAAACAAACUUAAGAAAAACCACCCAACAACAACCACCAAAUGUAAAAGUCUUUGGGAAAGAAAACUCAAACAAAAAAACUCAUAAAUUGGAACCAAAUCCACUUGGCCAGUCCAUCAAUCCAAUCAAAUCCAGGAUAAGGGGUUAACAAGUUGGAUCUCAUCUAUACACUGGGAGGUCUUGUCAUGAUCAUCUCCACAUGGGGAGAUCUUGGAAAAGAGGCACAAGGCUCCAAUGUCUAAUCACAUUUGUUUGUCCGAGAUGGAGAGGAGAAUGGGGUAUUUAUAGCCACUAGGUCAUAACUACUAGUUUUGGGUCAAAACGGUAUGCAUGGGCCUUAGCCCAUUUUGGUGCAUCUAGGUAUGACUGGAUAGUCAGGGUUGGGGGGUUGGAUUGUCCAGGUAUGCGAACUAUCCAGACUGGGGCUCUGCUCGGUUGGGGGUCCGGAAUGUUUGGUUUCUCUAGGCCAACUUAUUUCUCCUUUGCUUCUUGUUUGACCCCGCGCCUUUACAGUCCAAGUCAUUCGACCGGCCCUAAGCACACAUAGAGUACACACAUUAUGCAGUAACCAAUUAUCAACUCUAGGAGUGCAUUCACCAAGGAAAGGGAGCACCUUGUGUUGGAUAGCCUUCACACGUGUCAUUGGUCCAUUUGUAGCAUCUUUGUCCUUCUGAGAACUUGGCGGUGAGUUAGGCAUGAUCAUGUCCGUGGAGGCUCAUAUCAUGAACUUUUGAAGAAAUAAUAUCCACAACUAUUUUAUGAACUAUGCGCAUGCUAAAUAAUUAUCAUUUGGUUAAAGAGGGAAUUUACUAUUCAGAAUAGCAUGAAAGCAUCUUAUUGUGCCACUAAAUAAUAAAAAUGUCCCAUUUGCACUAUAAUAUGUUUAAAAGCAUGAUUGCUUUCUGCCUAGCUAUUCUUUUUGUAUUUUACUUUGUUGCAGUGCUUAGUGCAGUCGGUGGAAUCAAGCAAUCAGCAAACUCCUUAACUCAAGGUAUACCAGCCAUUAAGGCACAUCUCGCUGUUUUGCAGAGAAAGUCACAUCCAUGUCACUAUGUUAUGUUGGCAUUUUAUUUGACUCUUUUGAUCUCAUCAACAGGACAGAUUGCUGGCAUUGCGAUCGGCACUCUGAUUGCGCUCUUUCUUGUUCAACGGUUAGGCACAGACAAAGUUGGUUACACAUUUGGACCAGUAAUCUUGACAUGGUUCAUCUUAAUUGCUGGUAUUGGAAUUUAUAAUGUGAUCAAGCAUGACACUGGAAUUCUAAAAGCAUUCAACCCAAAAUACAUCAUAGACUAUUUCCAAAGAAACGGGAAGGAGGGCUGGAUUUCACUUGGAGGUGUUGUUUUAUGCAUCACAGGUAUUUUUAUCCCAUGAAUAACUUCGCAAUACACCCCAGUAUCGUGGGAAUAUAGCCACAUAUUGAUCAUGAAAACAAGAAUAGAAGUCUCUUCUUUACUCCAAUGUUUUGAAAUGGAUAUUGUGUAGGAACCGAAGCAAUGUUUGCUGAUCUUGGUCACUUCAAUGUGAGAGCAAUUCAGGUAAUCAGGCAACUCAACGGCAUACUUACUUUUUCAUUAUUUUUUAUUUUGAAUGCAUGAACAUAGAGAAGGGAAAAUAAAUCUUUUUUGAGCUAUAUCAAACAGUACCGUGAAAAACUACUUUUCUUGAUUAAUAAAAUUAUUAUCACCUAUUCAUGCUUCUCAAUUUACUCACUUUUUAAUAUAAAAAGAUAUCACACUACAGAUUGGCUUCUCCGUAGUUCUACUCCCAUCAGUGCUGCUGGCUUACAUGGGGCAAGCUGCGUAUCUUCGCAUCUACCCUGAACACGUUGCAGAUACAUUCUACAAAUCGAUCCCAGGUGAGUAUAUAAAAGGACCAGCUAAGAAAUGGCACGAGUUAGGCACUGAAAGAUUAGCAUUUAACAGUGAAGUCACAUUUUUGUUAUCAGGACCAUUAUAUUGGCCAACAUUUGUGGUGGCCGUGGCGGCUGCUAUAAUUGCAAGCCAGGCUAUGAUAUCUGGUGCCUUCGCAAUCAUUGCCCAGUCCCAAAUUCUUGGAUGCUUUCCACGCGUUCGUGUCACCCACACUUCAAAUAAGUUUCAUGGGCAGGUCUACAUCCCCGAGAUCAACUAUGCAUUAAUGAUCUUAUGUGUAGCUGUGACAGCUAUUUUCCAAACUACAGACAAGAUCGGCAAUGCAUAUGGUAUUGCUGUCGUCUUUGUGAUGUUCAUAACAACACUUCUAGUCACACUGGUCAUGGCCAUGAUAUGGAAGACAAGCCUGAUAUGGAUUGCACUCUUUCCAAUAAUAUUUGGUGGUGCAGAGCUCACGUACUUAUCGUCUGCGUUCUACAAAUUUAAAGAAGGUGGCUACUUGCCACUAGGUUUCGCAGCAAUUUUGAUGCUUAUAAUGGGCACAUGGCACUAUGUUCAUGUUCACCGGUACAAAUAUGAGCUCAAGAACAAAGUGUCAAACAACUACGUGGCAGAGUUGGCAACGAAGCGAAACCUUCCUCGGUUUCCGGGAAUAGGCGUUCUGUACUCAGAGCUUGUGCAAGGAAUCCCACCCAUACUCCCUCAUUUGGUAGAAAAAGUACCGUCCAUCCAUUCAGUUCUUGUGAUCAUCUCAAUAAAGUACUUACCAAUCAGCAAUAUAGAAACAAAUGAACGGUUCCUCUUUCGGUAUGUGGAGCCAAGAGAAUACAGGGUAUUCCGAUGUGUGGUGCGCUAUGGUUACAACAAUAAAGUAGAAGGUCCAAGAGAGUUCGAGAACUUGCUCAUUGGGCACUUGAAGCAAUUCAUCCAUCAAGAAUCAUUCUACAGCGAAAGCAGUCAUUCCCUUGCAGGGGAAGAUAACGCGAUCGAAGAAUCAGGAGAUAAAAUGGAGCCUUCUGUUGAUGUUCAAGAUGCAAGGUCGCCGAAAAGGUUUUCAGAUGGAACCACUACUUGUCCACCAAACAGGUGCAUGGAUGAGAUAGAGUUUAUUCAGAGAGGGAUGGAUGAUGGUGUUGUCCAUCUGCUAGGAGAGACUAACGUGGUUGCAGAGCAAAAUGCCGGAUUAGUGAAGAAAAUAAUAGUUGACUACGCCUACAAUUUCAUGAGGAAGAACUUCAGGCAACCAGAGAAGAUCACAUGCGUCCCUCAUAACAGGCUGCUGCGGGUGGGUAUGACAUAUGAGAUCUAGAGAGAUGCUCAGUGGAUUCAUCAAUCUGAAAAUAGCUUCAGUUUUCUCAGUAUCAAGUGCCGAAAAGAUAUGCAGAGGAAGGCGGUGACCUCAUAAACAGCCUCCCUGACUGAACAACAGAGGAUGGACAGAUUUUACGCGUACGUGGUGAAACUGCAGUACAUGCGAUGGACAUUUUUUUACCAUAUAAUAUUCAUGUUAGGGAAAUUAUACCUCGUAAGUGUUUGUUAGCAGUAAGUAUGCAAUCGCUGUUAAACUCCUAGUUUGGCCAACUCUUUGCCUUGCUUAGUAUGCGUAGUUGUAUACAAAGGUUGUAACCUACCGGCAAAAAGGCAAAGAGAGAAUAAAUUAUGACAUUUGCACAUUCAUCUCAAAUUGUGUAUACAACAUGUUACGGGUUUUUUUGUGGCCCAGAACUUAGCAGUUCAAACGUUUCUAUUUCUGAGGCAAGGCAAAGAUUUGUCAAACAUAACAAAAAGGGGAAGAACUAAUUUGCAUUUGAGAUAUUGUACCAGACUACUACCAACCGUGUUAUUGUAAGAAAUGGAAGGACCCAGGUGUGGGAUUCAACAAAUGUGUAUCAGUUGUCAGCAGACAUUGCCUUCUCAGCAACCAAACAAAAAAAAUUAUCAUCCUGCUUGAUUAGAGGCCGCGAGAUACGAGUAUACUCAAGCACCAAUUUGAUAUGAAUCGAUCACAAGGAGCCCACGAAGUUGAGAAGAAGCCGCAGCAGAGGCAUUCCAUCGAACACCUCGGAGGCGUCCGCGCGAGAAACGAAUCCACACCAUACCACUAGAUCGUAUGCGUACCUGUGCGUUCUACCUGGGCCGAUCCACGCGCCUCUGGUGAUCGAUCGUUGCUUCAACUUGCCACCAGCCCGCUACUCCGUUCCUGCUACUAGACAAUGAAUUGGAUGCUUGGUUCAGCGUUGGAAGUUCGAACAGAAAAAAAAAACAGGGGAACUAAGCAACGACGAUGGAUGAGACAAUGAGACCGCUGGUUAGGAGCCAAGCACGUGCCAGCGCCGCCGCGAGGGAGGAUCCGGCCACCGAGAGAUGGCGGCGAUGGACCACCAGCCGAUCGCCUCGGUGCUCCUGUGGCGCCUUUUUUUUUAUAUACAGAGCAUCCUGUGGCGUUUUUUUGUAGAAACACGUGUAAUCUUUCCCUAAUAAUAAUAAAUCGUUUAUCGCUUCUGCCCGCGUGCUCACCGUCGUCUCGCUUUUGCUAAAACCCCCUUGUGUUUUUCAGUAAUACAACCAGCAGUCCCUCUUCUACAUGUGUAAAAACGGUUCGCUUUUUACGAACAAACCCCUGCGUCUUAUCCAGACGCUCCUUCUUCCUUUCUUGCCGCGGGGGAGCAGGAGAAGGUGAGGGGCGGCGCGGCGCGGCGGAGCAGGAGAGGUUGAGGGGCGGCGCGGCGCGGCGGAGUAAGAGAGAUUGUGGGGCAGCGCGGCGGAGCAGUUCAGAUUGAGGGGCGGGCACAGCUCGUACGCCACGGCGAGCGCCCCAUCGAGGCACGACGACCGCGGGAGGCAGAACGCCAUGCUGGCCGGACCCAACGCCGGCGGGUGCGCCAGGGCCAGCCUGUCCGCCAGGCCCUGCACGAGCACGACGCGACACGCUGGAACGCCGUGCUGUGCACGGGCGCGCCGACCUGCAGCUCACGCAGCAGCGCAGCGGCCUGGGCGCGGUCGCGGCACACCACCGCCUCGGCGCAGGCGACCAGCAGCUGCACGAGCCGCAUGCCAUCAGCUCCUCUGCCACCACCACUCACUGCUCCCGUUUCGUGAUUUGGAUGGACAAUUGAAGGCCGUAUCCUUGUCCAACACCAAGCAGUGGAGUGCCCGACCCAGAUUUCAGUUGCUUGCUAUAAGAAGGAGGGGUCCUCGGCCCGAAUCUCCAUCAGGUUGUGUCCUUGGACCAUAAGCUCCAUCAAAGCCAGUCCAAAUUGCAAUUUUUGACGAAACGUCCAAUGUCGGCACCAAGUUCGCCGGAGGAACAAGUGCCGAGUUCGCCGGAGGAACAAGAACAUCCGUCCAACCGUCCAAUUUCGCCUGCCUCGGCUACACCAGAGGACAUAGCCACAAGGGAUAUUUCUGAGGGGCUGCGUCUUGAGCAAAUGAUCAUAUCCAAAAAUCAUGACACACUGCCCUCUAUAUAGUCACAGCUCUCCAUCCGGCAUGAUUUUUAUCAUUCUAAUGUUGGCAAGUGAUCUUAAGACUUUUUUCCCCGAGUGAUUCGUAAGACUAAUUACCCUACACAAUUCGCAGUUUUAGUAUCUCUUAUGCACCUAAAUAUAUUUGUAACUGAAAAAAUGUUCAGGUUCCCGCAGGUUUUGCCUUGAUUAACAAAUUGGAAUGAAUUUGUUUGUGCUGUAGCCAAGAGGAUCUGAUUGUCUGUUUUCUUACACAACAUGCUACCCUUAAUUGUCAGAAAAAACCGAGUUUCCCUUGGUUCCGUUUGUGCUGUGUGCCUGUGUCAUCUGUUAUUCAGUGUAUUUUAUUGAGAUUUACAUCUAUUAAGGUCAUCCAAUCAGUAAAUUUGGAUUAAGAAUUACUUACUAGACUGGAGGCAACAUUUUUUUUCCCUCAUGGCUUCUUCCUACUCAGAGUCAUAUUCUCUCUAAAUUCUUAGUCUAAAUCCAAGCCGAGAAUAGGUCUGGAAUAGGUCAGUAAAAUCAUGUAUUGCUGCCCUCAUAGCUUAUAUAUAUGUAUGUGUGUGAUAUGCACUGCUGUCUUUUAAAUCAUGUUGCCUUGUCCUGAAGUCUUCACAUAUAUUUGGGAGGAGAUGAGUAAGUUUAUCAGAAUUUAUGUUGGCUAGACCUACCUAUAUGUCAAUCCAUACUACUCCUAGCUUCUUGUGAAUGUGCUGAUAUUUAUCCUUGUCUUCUUUCCUUUUUGUGCUCUUCUUUUUAUUACUCAAAUAAAUCUGUAAUUUAGACAGGCUAACAUAAAUAUCUCAAAGCUUUUUGUGUGUUCAGAGAUUUAUUUAGAGAUGGUAAAAUAAAGAUCUUGAUGUAUCGACGGUUUGUGGUCUUGGAGCUGUUCUGUUACAGUUCAGGAUACUCAAUUUCCUCCUGCUGGUAUCAUCGUCUCCCUGUAAUGUGAUGUAGCACAGUACUAUGCACUUCAGAACUAAGCCCAGAACCUAGCUAGCUUACUUGAGGGUCGGCUCCGGAUUUUGUCGAUCUUGUUUGUGUAUAAUUUGUGAGGGGCUGUACAGAGUCAAUUAAUCAGUCAAUCAAUAUGAACCUGUUUUUCUCUACGGUCCUCUGAACAUACUCGCUAUAAGAACACUAAUUACCCUACGGAGUGGACCUGGGAUAGUUCCAGAGUAUGGACUAGAAGGCGGAGGAAACAAAAAUUAGGUGGUCGAAUUGGUUGUAUCUACCAUGUACGUCUGGUGAGCUUUUUCCCAUUGGAUGUUACUCAUGGUAGUCACAGGUGCACUUGCUUUGAGGAUGUGAGAUGUUAUAAUGUUGUCCUUUAUGGCACAAGCCUGGGGCUUAGUCAAGAUUUUCGAAGUAGCUAUUGUAUGGGCUACUCCUUUUCAGUUACGGCAUCUCUUUGUGACAAUUUUGUUGCACUAUGAAAUUACAAGGUAUUGGCCCAGCAAGGCAGAAUAUAUAUCUUCCUCAUUUUACAACACAUAUCUUCCCUAAUAUAAUUUUAAUUAGUUGGGAUUCUUACAGUGGUAAUCUUCCUCAUUUUGCAACAUAGGUCUUUUUACCUCUUCUAUUUUGUAUCACAUUCUAUUAAAUAAUUGGAAUUCUUAUUUGUUGCAAGAGAACCUGUUGUGGCCGAAGUGCAGAUGUUCAAAGUUUCAGUACAGCAGCUUCAUUCGGUUGCAAAGUUUGCUUAAGUAACUUUUGGUUAGAAUGGUCCAAUAGUUCACGUCUCUCAGCGCUGCAUAAAAAAUUCAGGUUAUGGAUUUUGGUGGCUCUCUUUCUUAUUCUCAUGGCUGUUUCCUUAAUUUCUUUGGAUGGUCUCUUUACACGACUUUCAGAUUGAGCCCAUUUGCACCUGUCAAUCUAUAGACAUAUAUGUGGCUGGCUACACCUAUCCAUCUACUACCAUAGUUACCGUCUUACUAUCUGUAUUAGCCAAGUUGUUCCAGGUUUUUCUAACUCUUUCAUGGAUAUCUUCUAUGAACCAGAGCACACUGUUCUGCGCUCCGAGCAAGCGCCACUGAUGCUACAAUAGAUCAAAGUUCUGAAAUUGUGAGCAUUCAUAUACAGUCUUUGGAUCAAAUAACAAAGGCAGCACACAUAAUUACAAGGACCAUAAUGGAACCCAAUAAUGAUUUCCACAAGAAUGUAUUCAUGGGCCACGCACAUCAGCAUACAAGACUGCAAUGUGGCAUUAUCCGUUUAUCAUUGAGCCGCUUUCUCUAAUCUUCAGGCAAGCACCCGAAGCAAUUAUUGCCGCCAUAAACGAGAUAUGCGACACACAUGUAGAUCCACACGUACACAGAAUGAAUGACCGAAGAAAAGUUGGUUCUCUCUCUAUUCCCGACCAUUUUAUUUAUCUUAUUUUUAUUUUCUUCUAUUUCCAAGUUCCUAAAACUGUAAUGCAAGUCCUUGAGUUUUUGUCAUGUACAUGAAUUGAUCAUGUUUACGUUAUCAGUGUGAACAUACAAUACUACCCACAUCAAGUCGGAAUCGAAAGCGAGGAAAUGGCUA